CCCUCCGGUGCUUUCAAUUAUCAAAGUGCACUACGCCGGUCUGCGAGAGUCAACUGCCGUCAUUCGCAGGAGGACUCGUCCUUUCGUGAAUUGCGAUUUUGAGUCGAAAGGAUGGCUUCUACUCAGGUGUCGCCCGGAACUAACACUAACACCAGCGCCGGCAGCAAUACUACCGGCAACAGCAGCAACAGUAAUAGCAGCGCUACCGGCAACACCAACAACAAUAAUAAUAACAACAACAACAACAACAACAACAACAACACCUCCAGCUCUUCCUACGCCAACGUGCUGCUGAACCUGAAGGAACAAGGCAAGGAUUCAUCGAACCAGGCGGACAGUAACAAGGAAAACAUUGGCAGCAGCGAGCCGCCGGCCAGUGCGAAAGCGAGCGGCAAAAGCAAACCGUCGGCGGCCGGCACGGCGAAGGAUUCUGUGAUGCAGAACGCGACCGGUGCCGCCAGCGCCAAUGUCACCGUUGCAGCGGCCGGAUCGUCAUCACCGGCACCGCUGGGCGACGGUGGCAAAGAUGCAAUGAACAACGAUGUGAACGCGCAGCAGCAGCAGCAGCCAACACCGGAGGAGCUGGAGGAUGACGCAAACUUCGUACCGGUCGUGUCGCACCAUAAACGGGACCGCAAAGCAAAGGCAGCCGUCCUGGCCGGCCCGGGGGGUGUUGGAAAGCCGGUCGGAGAGAAGGGACCGGUCGCGGGCGGCAAUCCGGCACGUGGAGCCGGCCGGCGUUCGGUGGCCGGUGGACCAUCGGCACACAGCGGCAGUACCAGCAGCAAGCCCGGUCCGGGCGGUAAGCUUGCCGGCAACGAGGGAAGAGGACCGGAGGACCGUGCGGGACCGUAUCGGAAGGACAGCAAACGCAAAUCCAGUGAUCGCAGUCGUUUGCUGCACGCCCCGGGUGCCCCCGAGGGAUCGAUCAAGGAUGACAAAGUCAAAGACGAUUUAGCUCCGGAGGGUAGAGCUGGUGCCGUUACCGGAACAGGUGCCGGUGGUGCCGGCGGCGGUGGUGGUGGUAGUGCCCAUUCCGGCACGUCGGGUUCCCCUUCGGACGAGGAGGAACGCGGCAAGGAGGAGGCGAAGAAGUUUGUCGAAGCACCACUGCCAAAAGUGAAUGCAUGGAAGGUUACCCCGUCCGUGGAACCAGCACCCAUCAUCCCACUCACGGAAACCCGCGGCCAGAGCAGCAAACACAGCACGAAAGCACCGGCUGCAGCGGGAGCAGCGACGGUUCCUGCGGCCGCUACAACGGGAAACACGACCACAACGACGACGGCCGUUGAUAAAAACGAUGGUGGCAGCGUGGCAGUCAGCGCUGCCGAAAAACGUGUCCUACAGCCUAAGCAGCCGAGCAAAGCUCAAGGUAAUGCUAAUAACAAAACGGUGACCAAUGAUCCUAACAAUAAGCCGUCAACAGCACAUCCAGCUGGUGGCAAGCCGGAUAAAAAACGUAACAACACAAAGUCAACGGAUUUCACUGCGAACAGCGGAGACUGGCCAUCGCUGGGCGAGAAGAAGGUUGGCCCUGCGGAGGGCGCCAAGAAAAGCGGAUCGAGUGAGGCAACCGGGGAAAAAUCGAGUACUGCUGCCGCAGUCAAGUCAUCCUCGUCUUCGUCGGCAUCCGGUCCUCCAUCGCAGUCGAAAGGAGGCGAAAGCGUGGCGGGUGCACCAACGGCACCGUCUUCCGCCCAAUCGCCCAAAAAGCCACCGGCUCAUGGCGAUACUCCGGCGGACAGUGACAAUCGGGUGUCGGGUGGGGCAAAGUCGGCGUCAGCAAAUGUACCCUCUACGACGAGCGCCACUGGAGCAACCGCACGGCAGCAGCAAUCAGUCCCGACAGGAGCAAAAGUGACCGGGGACGAUGGUACGAAUGUCGCUACCGGUAAGAGGGCAAGUUCAUCUCAAGCUUCAACCGCCAACUCGGCCGUUGGUAAAGUGGCAAAUGAAGCCGGUAGCACAUCAUCGAACGCUGCGGAGCAGACUUCGGGCGAUCCCCAAAGCCGGCCGCACAGUCGAGCGAGAAAUGGGAACGAGGGUGAGGUUAACGGUGGCGCGUCCACCACUAAUAACGGUAACGUGCGCAAGGGUCCGAAACCAAAGUGGGUUCCGCUGGAGAUUGACCUGCCCAAGCCGCGCGCGAGACGGGAACGAACUCCCCGGCACCGGCGGUAUGACGACUAUGAAGACGGUGGCUGGCACCAUCAGGAUUCUGCCGGUCACCACCACCAGCAACAUCAACAGCAGCAGCAACAACAACAGCAAUCAUCAUCGCAGCAGCAGCCACAGCAGCCGCAAUCGCAGCAGCCACAGCAGCAACCACAGCAGCAACAACCUGCUCAACAGCAGCAGCAGCAGCAACAGCCGCAACAAACGCAUCGUGGUGGCGGCAUUCCGCCGAACCGCGUAAAUCGCCUCCGAGGAAGGGGUGGUGGUGUUCCACCGUCGUACCGUGGCGGACGUGGAAGUGGGCGCAUAUCGCGCGGAGGUGGCAUAGGCGGCGGUUACCGUCGCGGUGUCCCGAUGCGAUCGGGCGGCGGAGGAGGCGGACGGCAUAUGGGUGGCGAUCGGGGCAUUUCGAUGGCGGUGGCAUCGGGCUUGGAGAACGGUGUUGCCGCUGGCGGGGUCGCGGUGGGGAAUGGGCAGGAUUUCCACGAGUUCAACGCGGUCAACACGAAGAUCGGCAGCGAUCAAGCGGCGUUCAUCAUGCCUUACCUGAGCACGUUCUACUACAAUGGUGCACCACUAAUCGGCAUGGACCAACUUAGUAUAAAGGAGUGCAUCAAGAAACAGAUAGAAUACUACUUUAGCGAGGAAAAUCUAAAUCGUGAUUUCUACCUACGAAGAAAAAUGGAUCCGGAAGGGUUCCUGCCGGUGACGCUGAUCGCGUCGUUCCACCGUGUGCAGGCGCUAACCGACGACAUCGACAUAAUCAUCGAAGCGAUCAAGGAGUCCGAUAAGCUCGAGCUGAUCGAAGACUACAAGGUGCGCACCCGGGUAAACCCGACCGUGUGGCCAAUCGAUCCCUCGGUGACGUUCAUGAACGGUGGCGUUAACUUUACGACCCUCAGCGAGCAGCAGCACCCGGCCACGCGUUUGCUAAACACUCAACAACCACAAGCAGCAGCAUCAACGCCCGUGCAGCCGGAAGUGGACGGUCCGUCGUCCGCAGCUUCGCCAGUGGCGGUGGCUCCGGUGGUCGCGAGCACGGACACCGCCACCGGGGACGCCCCAGUUGAGGCCGUUCCGCGGCUGCAGGUCGCCUCGAAAAUCCUCUCUAGUAUUCCUCCGCCUCCGUUACCCCGCAACAUACGCAACCCGGUGAGCAAAGCGGCCAAAGUGCAGCCCAUCAUGAUACCCUCGGUCAGUGUCGCGCCGAUGGUGAAACCAUGCUCGGUGAAGGAGGUGAUCUCGUCGGGUGGGGAUAAACAGGCACCAGCACCGUCUCCGGUACAACAGCCACCACCACCACCACCGUCCACCGGCGAGGAAAAUCUAAACCCGGACGUGCCGGAGUUCAUUCCGGCGGCGUCGUUGGCCGCGACAGGCAAAGCUGCCGGUCGAGGAGGGGGCUCUCAGAAAGGUAAAGCAGCGACGACGGUAAACGAAAACGAGAAAAAGCAAUCGGCUGCCAGCGCUGGUGGUGGAGGUAGGAAGGGAACGGCCGAAGCGGUUGCCGCGGUGGGAGGAUUAAAAGGUGGUGCGAACGAUUCUUCGCCCACCACCGGCGACAAAGAAUCCGCAACGCAGCAAGAAGGCCAGCCAGGGCAGCCAGAGGCGGCCUUGUGGAAGGAGGUAAAAAGACGCUCCCGCUCGGGACAGAACCAUCCGCAGCAGCAGCCGCAGCAGCCGCAGCAGCCGCCGCCGAUUGUGGCCACCGGGGGCCAGCAACAGAGCCAGUCGCAGCCAAAAAACAUUAGCGCUGCCAGCAACGCCAGUGGAGUAACGUCCACCGGUGCUGCUGGUAGCACUAGCGCUGGGUCGACGGACCAGCUGAAGCAUCCGUCGCAGUCUGCUCCCCCUGCACCAGAUGCAACUGCGGAGCUGCCAGGCCUGGUGGGUGGCGUGGCCACGGAGGAGCGCGAGGUGCUGGACUUUCAGUUCGAUGAGGAGCUCGAUAUCCCGCGGAGCUGCGGUGGACGUGUGAACCAUUUCACCGACAACUGGUCGGAGGACGAUGACGAGUCGGACUACGAGAUUCCGGACAACGAAAUCAACAAGCUGCUUAUCGUGACACAGAUCACACCCCGACCGGCCAAGCACGAAGGGUACGACCGUACCGGAGACUUUACGACGCGCACGAAGAUCACGCAGGAUCUGGAGCGCAUCAUCAACGACGGGCUGUACAACUACGAGGAGGACCUGCUCACGGUGAACACUGGUGGUCGACGGACGGUCGGUGGCCACCACAGCCACCGCCAGGUGAACCUGAUCACGCAGGAGGAGUUCGAGAAGAUGAUACCGAAGCCAGCGACGAAGGUGGCCAGCAGCCAGGAGAUGCCGCCGCCAGUGGUGGCCGCCCCGACCGUGACCGUUGACUCGGCACCGCUCCCGCCGGCGCCAUCGUCCUCCGUGCUGGUCGAGAACGACCUGUCCGCGAACCUUUCGCUGCUGGACGUCAGUGACCUGAACGUGAGUGCCGCCUCGACUAGUGCCGGCGCUCGGCACAAGGCACGCUUCUUUGCCGUGAACAAGGACGAGUUUGUGGACCCGAUCACGCCGCGCAAGCGCAAAACGCGCCAUCUGCACAAUCCACCGGUCGAAAGCCACGUCGGCUGGGUGCUGGACGCGGUAGAGCAUCGGCCGCGUACGACCAGUAUCGGCAGCUCGGCCGGCACGAGCCCGACCGCGUCGAGCUACGGUUCGCUGCCGCACAGCCUGCCCGUGUUUCAGCAUCCGUCGCAUGCGCUGCUGAAGGAGAACGGGUUUACGCAGCAGGUCUACCACAAGUACCACAGCCGGUGCCUGAAGGAGCGCAAGCGCAUGGGCCCCGGCCAGUCACAGGAGAUGAACACGCUGUUCCGGUUUUGGUCGUUCUUCUUGCGCGAGAACUUCAACAAGAACAUGUACAACGAGUUCCGUCAGCUGGCGAUCGACGACGCAGCCGACGGUUUCCGGUACGGGCUGGAGUGUCUGUUCCGCUUCUACUCGUACGGGCUGGAGAAGAAGUUCCGGGGGCAGCUGUACGACGACUUCCAGCAGGAAACAAUAUCGGACUACGAAAAUGGCCAACUGUACGGGCUGGAGAAAUUCUGGGCCUUCCAGAAAUACUACAAGAACGCUGCCAAGCUGACGAUCGAUCCCAAGCUGAAGGAGUACCUCGACAAGUUCAAAUCGAUCGAGGACUUCCGCGUGCUAGAGCCGCAGAUUAACGAAAUGCUCGAGGGGGUUGGCAAUCUGAAGCCGUGCCUGGCGAAGCGCCGUCCACGCAGCGUCUCGGAGAGCGAGGGUGUUGCGGUGGUCGGUGGUCCAUCCCGCGGACACUCGUCCCAUGGUGGUGGAGGUGGUGGUGGAGGUGGAGGAGGCGGCCAUCGGCGAAGUGGUGGCGGUGGCGGUUCAGCAUCGUCGAGCUAUAGCAAUGCUGGCUACGCUAGCCAUUACGCUAAUCGUAAGCGUUGUGACUCAACCGGCAACAAGACCGUUGACGUGUCAAACCGGCUUCGCACGCGGGCCGGAUCGUUCGGUGAUUCCAACCAAGUUUUGCGACGCCGUAGCGGCUCGGCCGGCAAUCGAGUUGUGCGCGCACCCUACAACACGGGCAACAGCCAGCGUUCUCUGGUCGCCAAUGCGCCUGCGUCCUCCUUCUUGCAGUCGGCUUCCGGUGCCGCCGGUAGCAGUGGUAUCAAGCAUCAGCAGCAGCAGCAGCAGCAUCCACCCGGAGGUGCUAACAAAGCGAAAGUGACCUCGUACAAGUCAGCGGUUCAGAGUAACCAAGGUAGUAGCGGAGGUACAUCAUCGGUACCGCCAACAUCCGCAAACACAGCCAAGUCUAGUGAAAUCAGCACCACCACAGUGAAGGAAGGCCGCGGGGCCAAACCGGCAGGGGCAGGCGGGGAGCAAAAGUCGUGAAUUGGUUCCCGGUGCCUGGCGAUGGUGCCGUAGCCAAGUAUGGAAUGGAAACGUUGCUCCACGGUGUAAGGUGUCCAUUCUCUACCCUCAGGAUGAUGCCCCGUGACGGUAUCCCUUUCUUCUAACCGAUCUCUAGCCGGGCUGCUGAUACGCGGAGUCAAGGAGUGGGCACCGUGUCUAAUCGCACAGUUCGCCACGCGAGAUAUUCGGUUUUUGCUGGCGUCGCAGCUAUUGAAGCGAAUUAAUGGCUACGGGACGACGACCGUCAUACACGUACACACACAUAAACACACAUAAACACACAUAAACACAUACACAUAUACAAACACACAUAUAUCCUCACCCUAUCGAUUUGGCCCCCACCCCCGUCUCCGUCUUAUCAGUAAUUUUCGAUUCAGAUGGAUAAUUGACGAAUGUUCCUACAAGAGAAGAUCACAAACAAAAACGCAGAAACUAUAGAGGAAAGAAGAAGAAGAAGAAGCUGUACCUUUCGAAGGUCCUUCUUAGAUGAGAAUGGACCGCCCCUCCGGUACUAGCUGGCCGCGGCCAUGUUACUCAGAUUCGGAGUAGAAUUGGCGAUUGAUAAUAUGCUGAUGAUGUGAACUAACUAUAGCCGUACGCGCGACGUGGGAAAAUUUUCUUACACAUACAUACAUACACACACACACACAGGUAAACACACGCGGAGAGAGAGAGACAAACUUACUUACUUACGAUUAUUAGGGAUCCUAGUAGCAGGGCACACAGCACGAAGGAGCGAUACAUUUAAUCAUUGUGCAGAUCGAAUCGGGCAAACCAAACCCUAUUAGUGAGCAACACACGUUUGGAAGAAGCGAACAUGAACUAUUGGUGUACUGGUGACUGGCCUGCUUGCUGCUGCGAAUCGUGCAUUAGCUUGGAACAAAGGUGUAAAGGGUGAAAAACAUACAGAGAGCCGCCAACACUGACAUUAUAAUAGUCGUCGCCUGCUUACGUUACCACACAACGCAUCCUGCGCGUGCACACUGUGCAGCCGAUGCAGCAAAAACAAAACAGAUAGUGUAUCCCUUUUUGAUUCAACGCAGCGCGCCUUCUGUCAAUUGAUCGACAGACGCGAAGAAAACCGAUAGAUGGAGUGCAAGUAGUAGAACAGGGAAAAGGGAUACAACAUUGUAGCUUAUUUUAAAGCUCGAAAGUAGUGGAUUGUCAACAGGCUGACCGCGUGUGUGUGUGUGUGUUACGGUUUGCAUACACAUAUGCUCUGACUAACCGCCGAUGUGCGAGCAUGAGUUUGAAUUGUUUCUCUGUUUCUCCUCGGUACUGCCUUCAUUUAUUAGACACGUGUUAGAACAUAUUGAUUUGCGGUGCGAAUUUGCUAACGAACGGUGCGGUGCGGCGCAUUGUGCACCGAGAGGCGGAGCAGGUCAUACAUAUAUGUAGCACUUUGGGAGCGGGGGGUUCUAAUGCAAUUCAUAAGGAAUUUCUAGAUAACACUACGACUGCAAACGAAGCAUAAUGACGAGUGAGUGGUUGGUUUGAGGGUGUAUUAAUGAUACUGUUUUUUUGUUUGUUUGUGACCCCAUUUACUCGUUAACAAUUGCCUCCCUUUCCCCCGCGCGCGCGCACACACAUAGACACACACACAAACAGAACCGUAAUGCUAACGAUUUUCUAUUUGAUAUUUUUGUGCCCUUCGUAAGCAGAAAGAUUGUGCGCGAACGCACGCGCAACGCUAUUACAGAUCGUUUUCUGUUAUAAACCUAUACCGUAAUAUAUGUUUCAGUCGGGAUUAUUAUUUUUUCUCGUUGUAAGUUUUUUUUUAUAUUUACUUUUUUUUCUUUUUCUCCGAGGGAUUAUUGAAUUCAAUGUUCGAUAAACGUGAACGUUACUAGAACUGUAAGCGAAACGACUUUAAGCGAAUGCAAGAAAAAAAACACACACAUACUUUCUUAGGGAGUAGGCGCAAAGUAAUAUUGAAAGCAACACUAAAUAACAUGAAAAAAUCAAAUAAAAAACAAAUAAAACAAAAAUCAAGCAAAAGGGGUUUAAUAAACGUAAGCGAAACGAAAAAGCAAAAAAAAAUUGUCGAAAAAAAUCGUUGCUAGCAGAGCUGAAAAAUAGAGUCAGGUUAUAAACAAGUAAACAA